AUGCGCCAACGAGAAUUUCUUGGCCCAAAACUGCCAAAGGAACUGAGGGAUCAGUUUGGAGCUUCAGGAUCCACCGGGAAAGGCGGCCGAGGGCGCAAUGGGCCUGGCGGACGAAAAGAGCGUCGCAAAGCCAAACGGGCGCAGAAGAAAGUGCACAAAAAGAUAGGGAGCUCGAGGAGACCUGGCGCGCAGCCCCGCCAUAUUGCGGUAUCAGAGGAGGACGAGGAGGAAAACGAUAGCGACUUAGAAGAGCCCGCGCCACCUAGGCCUGUACAGAAGACGCAAAACACCACAGCGAAACCCCUCAAAUCCAUAUUGAAACGUACCACAAAAGAGGAUGUCGUCAGGAAACCCUCAAACACCACACGCUCCCCACCACCACCCCCUCGAGUACCUCGUGCUGUGAAAGAAAAGCUCGCUCAGGAUGACGCCGAAAUUGCGGCAUUGGAGAAGAAAUUGGGGAUGAGAGGGAAGAAGAGAAAGAGCUCGGGUGAUGACGGUCUGGAAGAUUUAUUUGGGGAUCUGGAUAGCGGUGAAGAUUCAGCAGAGGAGCCCACCACCAAGAGAAAGAGACCAGAAGAUCACGAAUGGCUGGCAAGUAAGCGCCGAAAAGCCCUGGGGGCUGCUGCUCAAGAGACUAGCGAUAGUGACUCCGAUAUUCUAGAUGAAGAGAAUAUGGAUGAGGAUAUAGAUGAGGAUGAGUUCUCGACUGAGGAAGAGCUUGAUGAGCAAUCUGAUGAUGGUAGUGAGGAUGAUUUGGAAGGCUCCGAUGGUUUCGAAUCCGAGGAUCUACCCGAGCCUGUACAGCCUCGAGUGCGAGAGAACCCUUACGUCGCUCCCAUGACUAGUAAUACCUUACCAGCGGCCAAAUACAUACCACCCUCACUGCGUAGACCACCCUCGUCGGACGCAGAAGCGCUAUCACGAUUACGUCGACAAGUUCAAGGUCUCCUAAAUCGACUCUCUGAAGCAAACCUGAUUACAAUCUUACGAGACAUUGAAAAGAUAUACGAAAACAACCCUCGUAGUUACGUUAGUACUACGCUGAUGGAUCUACUCCUUGGGCUGCUCUCCGAUGAAACUACGCUCAACGAUACAUUCCUGAUCUUGCACGCGGGUUUCAUCACGGCUGUAUACAAAGUUGUUGGGACGGACUUUGGAGCUCAACUUGUAGAACGUAUUGUGUCGGAAUUUGACAGCCAAUACUCAAGAAGUCAGGGCAACGACGCUGGAGGGAAACAGACUACAAAUCUGAUCUCGCUCAUGGCUCAACUCUAUAACUUUCAUGUGAUUGGCAGUAACCUGGUAUUCGACUACAUACGGCUGUUCCUUGACGAACUCUCGGACUUGAAUACGGAGCUUCUUCUCAGGAUCAUCAAAAUGUCUGGAGCUCAGCUCCGUCAAGAUGAUCCUUCUUCGCUGAAAGAUAUCGUCGUAUUGCUUCAAAAAGCGGUAGCCAAAAGCGGGGAAGGUAACCUUUCGGUCCGUACGAAGUUUAUGAUAGAGAGUAUCAACAAUCUUAAGAACAACCGAGUCAAGACUGGAGUUGCCGCUUCUGCCGUAAUCUCCGAGCACACCAUACGAAUGAAGAAGACACUAGGAUCGUUGAACACUGGCACAAUAAAAGCAAGUGAACCCCUGAGGAUUGGUCUGGCCGAUAUCAGAGACACCGACAAGAGGGGAAAGUGGUGGCUCGUGGGCGCAAGUUGGAGGAACGAUGGCGAGCAGGCAGAUUUAGAGACCUUAAAGUCCCGAGCAUCCAAAGAGACAACGCAGAUCAUAUCCUCAGAGGGCGAUGGCACUACCAAUCUUCUACAACUCGCCAGGGAACAUCGGAUGAACACCGACAUUCGACGCGCUAUCUUUGUGACCAUCAUGUCUGCAACAGACUUCAAAGAUGCGCACGUAAGAAUACUGAAUUUAAGGCUAAAACGAGCCCAGGAGCCUGAGAUAGCACGAGUACUGAUCCACUGUGCCGGGAGUGAACAAAGCUACAAUCCUUACUACACACUGAUCGCCCGGAAAGUCUGCACGGACCGCGGUGUAAAAAAGUCUUUCCAGUUCGCCCUAUGGGAUAUCUUCAAGAGUCUGGGCGAGAAGAAAGAUGGCGAAGCUGAUCAAGAGGACGAAGGCGAUGAGAGCAUGACAACUAGAAAGAUUGCAAAUCUUGGGAGGAUGUUUGGAGAACUGAUUGCCAACGGCAGAGUCCCCCUAACGUCACUGAAGAUCCUCAACUUCACCUACCUCCAGCCGAAAACGAAAACAUUCGUGGAAGUCUUGCUCAAUACCGUCAUCCUACAGUCCCAGAAGCAUGCCGCCGAUCAAAGAGACGAGAAAGGACUGCUCGAUAUAUUCAGUAAAGUCGGAGAAGCUCCUCAGAUGGCUCGCGGUCUCCAGUACUUCCUCAAGAAGGUUGUUGGUAAAGGCGAAAUAGCCGGCAAUAUAUCGGAGAGGGAGACUGUUCGAUGGGCUUGUAAGGUGGUAGUCGAAGCGCUGACAGUUAUCGCCACGGGGAAGAAAUCGCGGCUCUUCCUCUCCUCUUUCCGUCCCUGCCCUCUCCCUUCACUCGUCAUGUUCCGUUCCAUGGUCCCCCGGGCUGCCCCCAGGUCGCUAUUGCGUCCCGUCGGUGGCGCCCAGAGCAGCAUUCGCCCUUCAGCAUUCUACAUGCUGGACCGUUCAAGGAGGGGUUAUGCUACAGAAGCUGAGGAGAAGGACCUCGUCAUCAUCGGCGGAGGUGUCGCGGGAUACGUCGCAGCUAUCAAGGCUGGACAAGCAGGCCUCAAGGUUGCGUGUAUAGAGAAGCGUGGCGCGUUGGGAGGAACAUGCCUCAACGUCGGCUGCAUCCCCUCGAAAUCUCUCCUCAACAACUCGCAUAUGUACCACUCCAUCCUCCACGACACGAAGAACCGUGGAAUCGACGUCGGCGAUGUGAAGCUCAAUCUGGCACAGAUGAUGAAGGCGAAGGAGACAUCGGUGUCGGGUCUGACCAAGGGUAUCGAAUUCCUGUUCAAGAAAAACAACGUCGAAUACAUCAAGGGCACCGGAGCGUUUACGGAUGAACACACUAUCGCAGUCAACCUGCUCGAUGGCGGGGAGACCUCUGUUAAGGCAAAAAACAUCAUCAUUGCCACCGGCAGUGAAGCUACACCGUUCCCCGGUCUGACUAUCGACGAGGAGAAGAUUAUCACAAGCACAGGCGCAAUCGCACUACAAAGGGUCCCAAAGAAGAUGGUCGUCAUCGGAGGUGGCAUCAUCGGUCUCGAGAUGGGUUCGGUUUGGUCUCGACUCGGCGCUGAAGUCACGGUUGUCGAAUUCUUGGGCCAGAUUGGAGGGCCUGGCAUGGACAAUGAAAUCGCUAAGUUGACGCAGAAGCUUCUCACCAAGCAGGGUAUGAAGUUCAAGCUCAACACCAAGGUCAUGGGCGGUGACGACAGCGGCGAGACCGUGAAGAUCAAUGUUGAGGCUGCCAAGGGCGGUAAAGAGGAGCUGCUCGAUGCCGAUGUUGUCCUCGUUGCCAUUGGUCGUCGCCCAUACACUGCUGGCCUGAACUUUGAGAAGAUUGGCGUAGAGGCCGACGAUAAGGGACGCCUUGUAAUCGAUCAGGAAUUCCGCACAAAGAUCCCGCAUAUCCGAGUCAUUGGUGACUGCACAUUCGGGCCAAUGUUGGCUCAUAAGGCUGAAGAGGAGGGUGUUGCUGCCGUCGAGUUCAUUACGAAGGGCUAUGGACAUGUCAACUAUGGAGCUAUCCCGUCCGUCAUGUACUCUCAUCCCGAGGUUGCUUGGGUUGGCCAGAACGAGCAAGAGCUGAAGGCUGCGGGCGUCAAAUACAAGACCGGCUCAUUCCCCUUCUCCGCGAACUCGAGAGCGAAGACGAACCUGGACACGGAGGGUCUUGUGAAGUUCCUCGCGGACGCCGAGACAGACCGGAUAUUGGGUGUUCACAUUGUUGGACCGAAUGCUGGAGAGAUGAUUGCCGAGGCCACCCUUGCUCUGGAAUACGGCGCAAGCUGCGAAGACGUUGCCCGUACAUCACAUGCGCACCCUACGCUCAGCGAGGCCUUCAAGGAGGCAGCAAUGGCGACUUACGACAAAGCAAUUCACUACUAG